UUAAACUGGCGUAGGACUCCUCUCUGCAUAAACGCAUGUUCUCCGUUGAAGGCAGGAGCUCACGUCUGCAUCGAGGCCUGGUUAAUUUCCACUUCCUGUAUUCUGGCGCUGCUGUAGUUUGGCAGUUUCGACCGAAACUGCAUCGGCCGAAAUGGAAGAGGUAAAAAAACCGUGUCCGUUGCUGAGCGUUUUGUGGGAAGAGGUGGAGCAUCCUCAAGACGAGAUAACACCUGCGAGUAAAGCAGCGCUGGGCGAUUUGUGCCCUGGAGACACCAUCCUAGCCAUCAAUGGAGAAAGCACAGAGAUCAUGACGCACAUGGAGGCUCAGAACCGCAUUAAAGCCUGCACAGAUCAGCUCGUGUUGGCCAUCAGCAGAUCUGGAAAGGUUUGGUCUCCAACUGGAAUAGAAGAAAUCAAGACAAGUCCAUACACCGGCACACUGGAGUCUGAGUCAAAGACCUUUCGACCAAUCAGCAGCGGGUAUAGCCCCACUCCGAAGAGUCCGUCCCCCAAGAGUCCCAUCACAGGCGCCGUGCCCUACAAUAACGGCAGCUCCAGACCUACGUACAACAAUCCAGCAGGCCUGUAUGCGCACAAUAACGGGAACGGGGCUCUACCGAAGCAGAUGGCAGGCCUCAGCCUGGGCUCCCCUCAAAGCCCCGAACUGCCAGUAAAUUCAUCAGGCAACCGCAACGGUUUCGACACACAGUCAGACGUCUACAGGAUGCUUCAGGACUACGAGGAACCUGUGUCAGCUCCCAAACAAUCUGGCUCCUUCAAAUACCUGCAGGGAAUCCUGGAAGCUGAGGAUGGGGGGGUCUCACCCGUGGACAGACAUGGGGUCAGAGGCUUGCGUUCCCCUGUCAAAUCCCCCGUGCCAAAGCUGGGCAGCCCCAUUACAGCUCCUCUGGCGCCCAUCCCCGGCUUGCAGAAGCUGCCUCAGUGCACACGCUGUGCAAACGGCAUUGUGGGAACCAUCGUGAAGGCCAGAGACAAGCUCUAUCAUCCCGACUGCUUCAUGUGUGACGACUGUGGGCUGAAUCUGAAGCAGAGAGGAUACUUCUUCAUCGAUGAGAAUCUGUAUUGCGAGACGCACGCCAAGGCCCGUGUGCAGCCUCCCGAGGGCUACGACGUGGUGGCCGUGUAUCCCAACUCCAAAGUGGAACUGGUCUAAAAAAGCGCGCACACACACACGGGUUUUCCUUGAGGAUUCGCGAGAAUAACUUUAACCUGGACUGUAGUUUGUUAACCUGCGGUAGUGAAAUCGAGAAAGAGCUUACUCAUAGGUUAGACAGCCUUACUAACAUUCGUGCAGAGAGUGUUGCUUAAAGAGGACAGUUUGAAACGCAAGAUAACCGAAUACACGAAACAACAUGUUCCAGAAGAACAUCUGUUCACCUAAAUUCCAGUGGCACACCAGCCAUUUAUUUUUCUGAAAGCCGUGGUGAACUGAGGUGCUCGAAAAGACCACGAGGAAUGUCUCGAGCCAUGUGGAAAAUGGAAACGGUGUUCUUUUUCUUCAGAAAGUUCGGGACGGUGUGUUUAUUCUUUGGCUAAGAAGCCGAGAUGCGUGUGUGUGUGUGUGUGUGUGUGUGUGUGUGUGGUUUUUUUCACUGAUCUAGCUUCCAUCACCAAAUCCAACUUUAUCUUUGCCGUAAACUGAAGAAAAUAAGACUACGUCAAAACUGCAUUUGAUCGGCUCCGAGCUAAUAUCUGCUAUGCGCAUGUUGUAUAUGAACGUGAUUUGACACCUAAUGAAAAUUUUCUGUCAAUUUCUGGCGCAAAUAUGCAUCGCAUUGUCAAGAAUUAAUGCCUACGGGCGGUUUUCUCGUUCACUCCGGCUGUCGCUUUGGUGAAGCAAAUAUUGCUAAAUCAAGGCCACACAUAACAUCAACUUUUAUCUAUUUAACAUGUUUUCUGUAAAGUUAGCUACCUGAAAACCUUUGUUUCUAGAUAACUCUAUCACACCUCCUCGAGUACCGAUGUUCGUUACCUCCAGAGUAACGCAAAAACACAUCAUGUCCAAAUAUGUUGACCCAGCUUUUCCGACUGCGUUUGCAUAUUUGCGUACAGAAUGUGAUUUAAACUAGAUUCAUUUUAAUAGUAGAAUAGAUGACUUAA